CGUCGUCAUUGUCAGGGAACGGAGAUUUCCAGUUACAAACAGAUCAGUGACUGUGCGCUUAAUAUUGUGUAUACGCGCGAAAAAAACAUUCGGAUUUUGGCGAGUUUUAUCUAAAUUAUGAUAAUUUUUUUCGUGGUUCUGUUGAGUGUACGAGCGUGCAGUUUUAAUUAAUUUAUUCUGUGAAAGGUAAACUUGUGCUGCUGUUGAUUUGCUGUUCAUUUUUAUCAGUAUAAAUGCGACUUUGAAAAAGGUAGACAGUGCCCUCAUUGUCGAUGUGUCGCUUUAAAGCAAUUAUGAUAGCGAGGUGACAAUCAUCGCGUAAACAGCUGACUUAUACAAACACUGAAGGACCGAAGAAGGUGAAUUACAACAAAUAAUCGCAUAACAAGAGAAGAAUAUCAACCGAAAAGAAACGAGAAGAUUAUUAAAGAAGAAAAGAAGGUUGUUUCAAAGUGCAGAGAAGAAAAGUUUCACGUUUCGAGAAGAGAGCAGCCGAGUGCACUGUUAUAGCGGAGGCUGAAUGGUAUUAUUUUUAUGAGAUGAACGUUGUUGUUGUGUUCUCUCGUUCGUCGGAAUAGUCAUCAUCAUCAUCAACAUAUUGGUGAAGACGAGAGACGACUCCCCGUGCACGCGGUGGAAUGUGUUGUGUAGCCUUAGCGGGAUCACCGGUGCCUGUGGGUUUCUCUUCGCUUCUGGCCGUGUCCGAUAUAUGUGAUGGUAGAAGAAGAUGAUCUAACGAAAAAGGUCUACAGGAAAGAGUGAAAAACAUUACGAGCAUAAUCCUAACUGUGACAGCCGCUCGUUCCAAGUAAAAGAGUGUGAAUAUAAAAGCUUUUAAACAAGAUUAAAAUUCAAUUGAUUGGUGCGGUAAUUGUGAAGUACUCUUAGCAUCGAGCAACUUUGAUUAAGUGGAUGGGGAAGAUCCACUUGCAAGUUCGAUAAUCCUUUGGUUUGAAAUGCCAUUUAUGAACCAACUGUGUUGGAACUUCUAUCGAAAAAUGGCUAAAGGAAUCGCGUUUCUAGUUUUCUUGGCUAGUUGUAGUCAAGUACUGUCAACCUCGGACUUUGCAACGCAACGUACAUGCGAGCCCAUCAGAAUUGAACUCUGCCGAGGAAUCGGCUAUAAUGAGACGUCCCUACCGAACCUAGUGGGACAUGAACUUCAGUCUGACGCGGACUUCACGCUGCAAACCUUCUCACCUCUAAUUCAGUAUGGUUGCAGCAAGCAGCUGAAGUUUUUCCUGUGCGCAGCGUACGUCCCUAUGUGCACACCAAAAGUUACUAUGCCCAUAGGACCUUGCCGGGGGCUGUGCCUUACCGUGAAGACCCUAUGCCAUCCUAUUCUACAAGGCUUUGGAUUCCCGUGGCCAUCAGCAUUGGAUUGCAACCGCUUUCCCGAGGAAAACAACCAUGAACACAUGUGCAUGCAAGGUCCCGGUGAACCAGCGGACGGUGUAAUCAUGAUCUCCAAAAACGACCGCCCCACGUGCCAAGGAUUGAUCAAAUCCCAUCUGUACGUGCGGUUGAACCGUUCCGGCCGAUGUGCACCGCUGUGCGAAGCGGAUAUCAUGUUCGAGCAAAAUGAGAAACACUUUGCGGAAGUUUGGCUCACAUCGUGGAGUGUGGCCGCCCUGUUUACGGCCAUUAUUGCAACUCUGUGUUUGAUCCUCGCUACCAAACGGUGGCAUAAGAUUCUUAUGCCACUGGUCAUCAGUCAUUGCCUGGUCACAGUCGGAUGGGCCGUCCGUUGGUUGGCAGGACGCAAUGCAACUGCUUGCGGCUACGAUACACAGCUUCCGGGCGUUUCGCUACUGCUAACGGAUGGCCUCAUGACGGCGCCAUGUGCGGCCACGUUCCUGCUACGAUACUACUUCGGCAUGUCGGCAGCUGUUUGGUGGGCGAUUCUUUGCUUGCGUUGGAGCAAAUCGGUUCGUCGGCUGCUGAGCAACGAUCUGAGUGGCGAUCCACAGGCUGAGAAGACCGAGUCAUCGUACAAUACGCUGUUCCAGCUGGCUGCCUGGGGACUUCCGGCAGUGCAAACUGUCAUUGUCCUUGUGGUUCGGUUGGUUGAUGCGGAUGAACUUUUCGGUUCAUGCUUCAUCGGAAACCAAUCCGACCGUGCCCUGCUCGGGUUCGUCGUGGUUCCGCUGCUAACCUACUGGGUCAUCGGUUCGGGCUACCUCUUCACGGCGUACCUUCGGAAGCGGUCGUCCUCCGCUCUGUUAGUCAACAACCUCCCGGUGCACAUCAACGGUAUGGGCAAGUUCCUGUUCAUCUAUUCCGUGCCCAGCUUCCUGCUGCUGGUGAUUAUGUUCUAUGAGUUUGCGUACCGGGAGACCUGGCUGAGCAUACCGCACCCAUCGCUGGAACCGGUGUCCUCGAUGAAGGCUCCGAUUUGGCCUUUCAUCUUACGAGCGGUGAUAGAGCUGCUGGUCGGAGUGUUAGCCUCAGCGUGGGCCGUCGGUCCUCGGAUAGCCGGUCUCUGUCGGAGUAAGAUCAACAACCAGGUCUACAAACAACCGCAACCAAAGUUCAACACCUCACCGUACUCGGCGGCCUCCUACCAGACGGUGGUGUGCCCACAGAACUCGUUGGUGUCCGUUUCGAUAGGAAAACUGCCACCUCGUCACGCGAGGAAGUACCCCUCGCAUUCGCACAUCAACCGAAAACCGCGCACCUACAAGGCGUCCUCCCAGACGAUGAGCCUCACCGGCAACGAGACAGUACUGUGAGAGCGGUUGUAAAUUAAGUGGAAACUUUGUUGCGGAGGAAGGGACAAAGCAGGGACGACCGACGACAGCGAUCGUGGCCAAGAGGUGGUCAAUUAUUGGCGUACCAUGUUACGUGUCGGCGAAAAAGAAUGUGAUAUUAAUUUUAAAAUGAAGUUUAAAUUAUUUUAUUUGGAUUUUUAUGUGUACUUGUGUAGAGGAUAGCCUGAAAAUUUACUAUAUAGGUAGGUGUUUUAGGACGUAACGAUGCGCGAUAUAUCGACCGAUUGCUUGAAAUUGGUACUUAAGGAAAGGUUUAAUUAUAUGUGCGCUGUAAAAAAAAACGCAACUUGUUGGCUUUGCACGCUGA